AUGGAAAAAGGUCGUAUUAUUGAUGAAGGAACAUAUCAUGAAUUACUGGACAAGAGGGAUAUUUUUCAUCAUUUAAUUCAUGAAAUUCAGCAUCAGAAGUCCGAAAAUAAUUCAGAAAUAAAUGAUAAAAAUAAAUUAGAACAGUUAGAAAGUGGACUAGAUUCGAUUGGUGGUUAUCAAGAUGGACGGAUAAUCAAUCGAUUUUCGAAAGAUACAGCGAUCAUUGAUGGAAGAUUACCAUCACAAUUGAUUGACUAUAUUGAUCUUACGUUUACAACUGUUGGAACGUUUGUUUUUAUUAAUAUUAUUAAUCCUUGGACUUUGAUUCCAACUAUUUUGGGUUUUAUCGGCUUAUUAUAUAUUCGCCAAAUAUAUGUAUCAUCAGCACAAGAUUGUCAGCGAUUAGAAAGUUUAGACCAAUUACAUAUAUAG